AAGUUCGAUGAAGAUGUUAAGAUGAUGAAAAUCAUGAACGCUAAUCACUACCGUUUCUCUAUUUCUUGGUCUCGUCUUUUCCCAGACGGUCAAGCUAGAAAGGUUGAUGGUAAGUGGAAUGUUAAUGAAGCUGGUGCUGAAUACUAUGAUAUGGUUAUCAACACCCUUAUUGAAAACGAUAUUACUCCACUCGCUACUCUUUACCACUGGGAUCUUCCAUAUGCUCUUCAUGAAAAGUAUGGUGGUUGGUUAGAUUACCACUCCCAAUUCGAUUUCGCUAGCUACGCCGAAUUCUGUUUCGAACGUUACGGUGAUCGUGUUAAGGGAUGGAUUACUAUUAACGAACCAUGGGUUAACUGUGUUGGUGGUUACAAGAAUGGACCAGGUAAGGCUCCAUACAGAUGUACUGGUGAAGCCCCACGUAAGCUUGCUAAUGACACCACUGGUCUUGAUUUAGAAGGAGGUUGUUCUUACGAAAUUGGUCCAUCUCAAUACAGUAAGGAUUCCGAAGUUCUUCCAGCCAAUCGUCCACCACAAAAGUUAGAAGAUGUCUGGUGUUCACACAACAUUCUUCUUGGUCACGCUCAAGCUGUUAAGGUUUACCGUGACAAAUUCCAAAAGGAACAAAAGGGUCUUAUUGGUAUUACUAUUGAUGGUGAAGCUCAAAUUCCAUGGGAAGAAGCUGGUAUGAGUGAAGAAGAAUACGAAAACAACAAGAAGUACGCUAACUUAGCUGCUGAAUUCCGUAUUGGUUGGUACUCAGACCCACCACUUACUGGUGACUAUCCAAAGUCCGUUAAGGAAAGAAUGGGUAAGGACUUACCAGAAUUCACUGAAGAAGAAAAGAAGUUAUUAAAGGGAUCAUCAUCUGAUUUCUUAGGUUGGAACACCUACACUUCUCACUGGGCUGCUCAACUUAAGGAUGAAGAUGGUAAUCUUAUUCCACCACCAACCGCUGAAGAAGCCAGUUACGAUAACUCCAAGAAGGAUAUGUGGGAUGAUAACUGUAAGGGACGUGGAGAAGGAUGGACUUGUAUUCCACCAACUCUUGGUUCUCAAGCUGGUUCAUCCUGGAACACUUUAUAUGGUCCAACUAUUCGUGUUGGUCUUAACUGGUUCGCUGACCGUUACAAGGGAUUAAUUAAGAACGGUAUUAUUAUUACUGAAAACGGUUGUGCCCAACCAAACUACAAGGUUUCUCGUGCUAAGGAUCAAGUUACUCUUGAUCACUGGAAGUCUAUUGGUAAGGAAGAAUACGCAGGUUGGUAUGAAGAAGAUAUUAUUGAAGAUGAAUCCAACAUUGAAGGUACUAUUCUUCAUGAUACUUACAGAAUUGACUGGUACAAGCAAUACCUUGAAAACCUUCGUCUUGCUUAUGUCGAAGAUGGUGUUGAUGUUCGUGGUUACAUGGCCUGGUCUUUAAUUGAUAACUUCGAAUGGGAAAAUGGUUAUGAAACUCGUUUCGGUAUGACCUACAUUGACUUCUACAAUGACAAGGAAUUAAAGCGUGUUCCAAAGGAUUCUCUUACUUUCCUUGGUCAAUGGUACUUAGACAAUGUUGAACAAGAAUAA